AAUUUUUGCGUGUCUGUAAUUGAUUCGCAGUCGUUGCUGGUGCAAGUGGCCGACGUGACGCAGUUCAGCGUGGAGCCGCAGCAAGUGCCGCGAUUGGUUGCCCAGGCUUCGGGGUUCUCGUCGAACCCGUUCCACCGGAUGACGCGGAAAAUGAGUUUCCGGUCGGGUUCGACGUCCAGCUCGUCCAACGCCAUGACGCCGCUGAAGCGAUCUCAUUCGACGAUUGCUGGGCCGCAGUCGUGUGCAAACUCGGCCAGUGCCGGCGCCGUGACUGCCGCCACGGCGCCGAAGCAGCUCGCCGCCGCCGGGAACACGUCCUUCACUUCCACGUCGUCCGCGAAGAAGGCGGACUCAGAGAAAGAGGAGUUUUUGGCUCCUUUGCCACCGUCAGCAGCGUCGCUGUCCUUCAUCCGAGCCAGUCCUCGCAAGAAGCCAUCAAACAGCAGCAGCUCCCUCCGAAAGCAAUUCACCAAAUUCACGCAGUUUGCUUUCGCCCGCACCACGUCAUCGUCGUCGGUGUCCAAUUCGUGAAAGCGCUCUUUUUUUUGUGUUUGUUCUUCCUGUCGAGCAGUGUUAGAUAUGUAACUUUUUGUUUGUUUUUGGUAACGGCGGAAGAGCCAAAAUGCUUGCUUGCUUGCCUGCAAGUGCAUAGAAUUUUUGAAGAAAAGAAAAAGGGGGAAGUUGAGAUGUGUGUGAGAGAGAAAGAUGAGAUGAGAGAGCAGAAAGGAACCGUGCUUCCGUCCCUUUUAUUUUACUACGCUUCGGACGAACGAAAAAAAAAAAGGUCUUAGUCGUUCCGAGGAUUGUAUGACGAAUGUUUCAUUGCUUUUUCUGUCGCCGAAUCUUUAUUCGAGGAGCUCCCCGAUUGAACGGGGAUGCUGUAAUUUUGUGGUAGAAGGUUUUUUGGAAGUAGCGACGGUUCGCGUCCAAGAUGAGGCCUUUUCGAUUCUGAUGGAGAAUGCUCAGAUUUUUUGCGCCCGUUGACCCGCUGCUUUUUUUUCAGAAAUGAAGGAGUGAGAUCAGCUCUCUUGACUUUUCAAGUUUCUUACUAUUUUUUUAUUCAUCGGUAGA